AUGAUUGCCCAAGAUCGGGAACAAACGAAUCGAGGGCCAAAAAAGGAUCGACAACCCUCGAAAAGUCUCAAUGCUUUGCAGGCGGGCAUUAAGGAGUUUCUGAAAGAUCCAGUAUUUCUAAGCCAGCAAGAUCAGGCUUCACUUGAAAAACUUCAAAACUCACUUCCCAAACGCUUCACGAUUUAUGAACCUCUUGUGCUUCUCCCAGCGAACACAUUCCAAUCACCGCCUGCAUGGGGCGCAUUUUGUUCAACCUUAUCCCCUGAACAGCGGGAGUUACUUUAUGCCUCGAUAGCGAAAGCAUUCAAUCGGUUGGGGGCCACGCAUCUUGCCGUUAAUGCUCCCAUUGCCCAGACCAACACCCAGGGCCAAGAAAACCGCAUACGCAGUCCGGCCGGCCUUAUCCCAUUACAUGGUGAUUUUGGAACAGCCAUUUCGACGACAGGACAGGAGGAAGACAUUGCUCAGCCUAGUCCGGCAGACCUCGAGAGUGCAUUCUGGGUACGCACAUCUCAGAACCAGGGCAUCGUGCAAAUAUGGGCUCCACUAUAUACGAUGUUCUCGCGAGGGAACAUCACUGAAAAGGCACGAAUCCUUGACCAAGGACCAUCCCAAAAUACAUUCAUGGGACUGGAUGAGCAGUCAUUGGCUCAACCUGUUUCAAAUACCAGUGUCGUUGACAUGUACGCUGGGAUUGGAUACUUUGUCUUUUCGUAUCUGAAGCGAGGCGUCAAGCGCGUAUGGGGAUGGGAACUGAAUGGUUGGUCAGUGGAAGGUCUGCGCCGUGGCUGCGAAGCGAACAAAUGGGGAUGUAAGGUUGUCCGUGUUUUGAACAACGGAGAACUGAGCAUCCCUGUUGAAAAAAUUAUGGAAACGCUCACAGACAUAGACCGGGUGGUGGUCUUCCACGGAGACAACAUGUUUGCGGCAGAUGUCAUGUCGAGAAUUCAACGAAUUAUGGAAAUUGAAGGAACAUGGUCACCUGUCCGCCACAUCAAUCUGGGUCUUCUGCCAUCGUCACAGCCAUCUUGGGACAACGCUUGCAGAAUUCUUGACAUGAAACGAGGAGGCUGGCUCCAUGUCCACGAAAAUGUAGAUGUGCGUGAAGUUGAAGAAAAAAAGACGGAAAUUAUGAGUGGAUUGGCAAGGCAUCGCAUGCUUGUCUACCAGCAACAGGGGCAUUCGGAAGAGCCUAUCGUUGAUUGUUGUCAUGUGGAACAUGUCAAGUCAUAUGCCCCUGGUGUCAUGCACUGCGUCUUCGAUAUUCAGCUCUCUGCUCCGAGGGAUCCCGGAAAUUGA